GAAAGUAACAUUCAAGUAGUCGUACGUGUUAGAGGAAUGGCACCAGGUGAAGCACCUCCAAUACAGCCAAUUUUAUCCACUUCUGGACCGCAUUGCUCUUCUAUCAACGUUGCAAUGGAAGUUCAACAAUCUGCCUCUGCGGUCAAUGUGGCGGCAAAUAGCGUGCAGUCAUCCUUGGUGGGAGAUGGAGGAAACGUUCGUGAGAGAUCAUACCCAUUCGAUCACGUCUUUGGUCCUGAAGCGGAUCAGGGAAUGGUGUAUCAAAGUGUGGUAGGACCGGUAUUGAAUGAAGUGAUGAACGGCUACAAUUGCACAGUAUUCGCUUAUGGUCAAACCGGAACAGGGAAGACGCAUACCAUGGAAGGAGAUUUGACAUCGCAAUUGGGCACUUAUAGUGCAGAAGCAGGAAUCAUACCACGCACACUUUACAGGCUGUUCCACACUUUGGAGCUGUCCAAAGAUGAGUAUAGCGUUCAUGCUACCUUUGUGGAACUAUACAAUGAAGAAUUACGUGAUUUACUGAGCGAUGAAGCACCUCAGCCAUUGGGUGGCGGUAAAGAUUCGGCGGGAUUAAGGAUGUAUGAGGAUAAAGGCAAAGGAGUCAACAUUCAAGGCCUGGAGGAUAUUCCAAUGCGGGAUGCAGAGCAUGGAUUGAAACUUCUUCGUAAAGGUAGUCAAAAGCGACACAUUGCUGCUACCCGGUGCAACGAAUCGUCCAGUCGAUCACAUUGUGUCUUUACACUAACGGUUCAUAUCAAGGAGACCACAUCAAAAGGAGAAGAUGUAUUGCGAACGGGAAAGCUGAACCUUGUCGAUCUUGCUGGAUCUGAAAAUAUUGGAAGAAGCGGAGCAGAGAACAAACGUGCAAGAGAGGCCGGAAUGAUUAAUCAAAGCUUGCUCACGUUAGGCAGAGUGAUCAAUGCACUGGUAGAAAAGAGUAGUCACAUCCCCUAUAGAGAAUCAAAGCUAACGAGAUUGCUACAGGAAUCGCUUGGAGGACGAACAAAGACGUGUAUCAUUGCCACUGUUUCAUCAGAACGUUCAAAUAUGGAAGAAACGCUGUCUACAUUGGAUUAUGCUUUACGUGCUAAAUCGAUCCGAAAUCGUCCAGAGGUCAAUCAGAGAAUGACGAGAGCGGCUCUGAUCAAAGAAUACGUUCAUGAGAUCGAAAGGCUCAAAGGUGAUCUUUUGGCUUCACGGGAAAAGAGUGGAAUAUUCUUAUCCCCUGAAAGCUGGCAAUUAAUGCAAGAAGAACAUGACGGAGCACGAAGUCAAGUGGAGGAGCUACGUCGGCAUGGUGAAGUUGUUGAAUCAAAGAUGGUAUCGUUGAAGGAGCAAUUUGAGCAAAGUAUGCAAUUGCUACUCAAACGUGAAGCUGAGUCAAAGACAAUUCGAUCCGAAUUUGAGCAGAAAGAGGAGGAAUUACAACAAAUUCUCGGUCAAAUUGAUGAAUUGAAAAGGGCAGAGCAAGAAGAAAGGGAGCUCAGGGAGGCUUACAUGCGCAGCGAGAAGCGUCUUGAUGGUGUCGCACGCGGUUUGAGAGGAAUGUUUUACGAAAGUGCAGGAGAUGUUGAUGGAUUGUUUUCUAAAUUGGACCGUAAAGCCAAGGUUGAAAGAAGGAAUCGUGAUUUGUUGGCCGAAUGUCAAGCUUCUUUAGCGUCUAUAUCCAAUCAGUUAGAAGCUCGAGUCACAGAUUUCGGCUCAAGUCACGAACAAUUCACCAUGGAUCUUUCAGCGCAAUUGAGAGAAUUCCAGGUACGCGAACAGGAUAAACUUAAAGCAAAUCGUGAAUCGAUCGAUCAGAAGCUUCAGGCUCUUUUAUCGCUUACUCGAUCUAUCUCUGCUGAUCAUCAACAGAACAAGGGUGCGAUCGAUGAGCUGGCAGAUGCUAUCCGACGAGAAGGAGAUCGGUUCGUAGGGGCAUGCCAAGAAAGAAGUGAGAUGCUGCAUUCGACCUGUCAAUCACUUGUGCAGGAUGUCUCUCAAAGUCAUCGUGAAUCUUUGAUCGGCGUACGCGCGGGUAUCGAAGAGAUGGGUGAGAUGUCGAUGAAUAUCAUCAAAUUGGCAAAAGAGAGGGCUAACCAAGAUAAGAAAGGUCUUGAAGACGUUCGUACGCUUUCUUCAGACACAAUUCAUCGAGAACUAGCACGACUUCAAACGCAAAACGACCAAUUAGCCAAACUUUUGGUUGAGGAGCGGGAAAAAUCGACCAACAUGCGCGAUGGCUUGUGUAAGAACAUCAAUCAGAUGGUCAUGAACUUCUGUCAACAACGUGAACAGACAUUCUCUACUGCUAUCGAAGCUGUCCGUCAAGGCAAUGCAGGCGCACAGGAUGACGUACAAACAUUCUCCAGACAACAUACCGAUAAAGUGGAUGAGAUGCUCGAACGUAAUCAAAGCGUUCGUGAAACAUUGAAAGAGAAGGAAAGACUGGCCAAAGCACAAAGAAUACGCAGUGAAGCAGGCUUGAAUCAAAGUAGUGCGGCUAUUGAACAAAAGAUGCAUGGAUUCACCGGAAACUUUUUCACCGUUCAACAAGAAGAUCUUGAACAAGCUCGUUCAACUAUGCAAGCUAUCUCUGGCAAUGUGGAUGGCAUUCGCGAAGUGGCAGAAUCAUCUAGACAAUCCGAAUCGCGGAACGUACAAUUGAUGCGUAACGACAUCGAAGAAGGUUUCACAGAAGCAUCGAUGGAAAUUCAGUCAACAUUGGAGGAUGUCGAAGAAACGUGUGAAGUAGCGAUCGAAGGAGUUGAAGAACAGAGGAUGCUCGGAAACGCUUUCUUGGAUGAUACAAACGCACAAUUAUCAAUGCUGAGAUCAAAUGCACAGACAUAUCUGACGUCCAAGCUACUCACGGAUAUGCCAACAGGAACAACGCCACAAAAGAGAGAUUGGCCAGCGGUUGCAUCAUGGUCACUCGUU